CCGCGGACAGCUUCUCCCCAAUCGCUCUGAGCAGCCGGGGAGAGGCGAAGGGCAAAGGAGCUGCAGUCAUGGAGCAGUUGUAGGGAUACCAGAAAAGCCUCUCCUGCCGGAAGAAAUAAAAGAAACCACAGCUUCAUGACCGAAAACGCAAUACCCAAAGUGGCAACGAGAAACGCAAGAGUACCGAUCAUGCAGUUCAAAUACAGAAGAAUCUAAUAAUCUAUUCCAACGAAAGGGUUUUCCGCGAUCCUUCAAGGUUGGACCCUCUUGAAACCGUCUCACCCCCUCAUCGUUCGUCAUAGGUUCAGCUGGCGCAUCGGCCGAGGUUGAUCCAUCACCAACAUCCAUAGUAUGUCGGUGGAGGAGCAGCGCUAUUCCGACGCGAUGCUCGUGCUAGAGGCCGGACCCGAGUGUCUGCGAGCCGAGAUCGAGCGCCUUUCCCGGGAGCUGAGUGAGACCACCCAUGAGAAGAUCCAGGCGGCGGAGUACGGGCUGGCGGUGCUGGAGGAGAAGCAGCAGCUGAAACAUCAGUAUGACGACCUGGAGAUCGAAUACGAGACCGUGCGCCAGGAACUGGACAUGCUCAAAGAGGCGUUUGGACAAGCCUACUCCAACCAUAAGAAGGUGGCUGCAGACGGGGAGAGCAGGGAGGAGUCUCUGAUCCAGGAGGCGGUGUGUAAGGAGGCCUAUUACGAGCAGCGGGUCCUGGAGCUGCAGACGGAGCUCCGCCAGGCCCGUAACAUCCUCACCAACACCCAGUCAGAGAACGAACGCCUGACCUCCAUCGCCCAGGAGAUGAGAGAGAACAGCCAGGUGGUGGAGCUGCAACGGACCAGUCUGCGUGAUGACAUCAAGGAGUAUAAGUUCCGGGAGGCACGUCUGCUGCAGGACUACACAGAGCUGGAGGAGGAGAACAUCUCCCUGCAGAAACAGGUCUCCGUGCUCAAACAGACCCAGGUGGAGUUUGAGGGUCUGAAGCACGAGAUUCGUCGUCUGGAGGAGGAUACCCAGUUCCUGAACAGCCAAUUGGAGGACGCCAUCCGCCUGAAGGAGAUUGCCGAGCGACAGCUAGGGGAAGCACUGGAGACCAUCAAGACUGAGCGCGAGCACAAGGCCGCCCUGAGGAAAGAGCUCUCCCACUACAUGAGCAUAGGAGACUCUAUGUACCACAGCCCCCUCAGCAUCUCUCUGGAUGGACUCAAGUUCAGCGAUGACGCUGCCACGGAACCCAACAACGACGAGGCUCUCCAUGGUUACGAGAACGGCUUCAGCAAGCUGGCCAACGCCAUCGCUGAGGACAACCGUGCGUUCGCGCCCAAGAAGGGUGACCUGUUCCGUCCCGUCCCCAGCCUGGUAGACGACCUGCUGAGUGAACUGAACAUCUCUGAGAUCCAGAAACUCAAACAGCAGCUGCUGCAGAUGGAGCGUGAGAAGGUGUCUCUGAUGUCCACCCUGCAGGACUCUCAGAAGCAGCUGGAGCAAGCCCACGGGGCCCUGGAGGAGCACCAGGAGAAGGUCAGCCGCCUCAGCGAGAACCUCAACGCCAUCCGGAGGCUCAAGGCCAGCAAGGAGCGCCAGUCAGCCCUGGACAACGAGAAGGAGCGCGACAGCAACGACGACGGAGACUACUACGAGGUGGACAUCAACGGACCCGAGAUCCUGGAGUGCAAGUACAAGGUUGCAGUGUCCGAGGCAGGUGAGCUGAAGGAGGAGUUGAAGACCCUGAAGGCAGAGUACCAGUCCUGUCAGUCACGCUACGAGGAGGAGCGAGGCCGUCUGGAGACUGAUGUCACGGCCCUGGGAGAGAAACUGGCCUCCCUGGAGAAGACCAGCCACGUGGAGAGAGAGGAGAAGGCCAUGCUGACGAAGGAGCUGCGCAAGGUGAGUGACGUUGCGGGCGAGUCCCAGGGCAGCCUGAGCGUGGCGCAGGACGAGCUGGUCACCUUCAGUGAAGAGCUGGCCAACCUCUAUAACCACGUAUGCAUGUGCAACAACGAAACUCCCAACCGCGUCAUGCUCGACUUCUACAAGGAGGGCAAAGGCGGGCGCACGAGUCCCGAGGGUCGCGGCCGCCGCUCCCCCAUCCUGCUCACCAAGGGCCUGUUCCCCGUCCCCGAAGCUGCCGACAGCGCCCCGUCCCCUGUCUCCUCUCCCCCCUCGCCACGGGAGCCAAUGAACGUGUACAACCUAGUGGCCAUCAUCCGGGACCAGAUCAAGCACCUGCAGCUGGCGGUGGACCGCACCACAGAGCUGUCCCGUCAGAGGGUGGCAUCCCUGGAGCUGGGCGCCGUGGCUGAUAAGGACAAGGAGGCCUGCAUGGAGGAGAUCCUCAAACUCAAGUCCCUGCUCAGCACCAAGAGGGAACAGAUCGCUACACUGAGGACCGUGCUCAAAGCCAACAAGCAGACGGCUGAGGUGGCGCUGGCCAACCUGAAGAGUAAAUAUGAGAACGAGAAGGCCAUGGUGACGGAGACCAUGAUGAAGCUGAGGAACGAGCUCAAGGCCCUGAAGGAGGACGCCGCCACCUUCUCCUCGCUCCGAGCCAUGUUCGCCACACGCUGUGACGAGUAUGUGACUCAGCUGGAUGAGAUGCAGAGACAGCUGUCUGCAGCGGAGGAUGAGAAGAAGACCCUGAACUCCCUCCUCCGUAUGGCCAUCCAGCAGAAGCUGGCCCUGACCCAGCGCCUGGAGGACCUGGAGUUUGACACCGAGCAGACCCGCCGCGGGGGCAAACCUAAAGGCAGAACCACCAACGGUAGAACCACCAACGGCCAGACCAACACCGUCAACAACCCCCACGUAAGUCACGGGCUCACCUGCGCAGGCAUCGGUCGCCCCAACGAGCACAACGUCAUGCCCAACGGCAUCCUGGGAGGCCCUCUGGUCUUCUGCAGCGAGAAGUACAAGAUCUACUGCGACUGAAGCGGCUGCGUUGUCAGCACGGGACUGCUGUGUACAGAGGGGAGGAGCCCGAGGUCCUCCCCUGCCUUAGUGUUAAAGAGCCCCACUACGCUCGCUUAGCUCCCUGCCUGCCCAGCCUGCAGCCUCAUAGGGCCUGGUGUGUGUCUAACCUACAGUACAUACGUAUGCCCAUGGCCACGUAUGGCCACUCACGCCUGCUAGUGUAAACGCUUAGGGGAAUGCAGAUGUGUAUGUACAGUAUAGUACAGUGUGCACUAGAAGUUUGGGACUGUAGUAGACAUAAUGUAUGGCAUGUGGAUAUUAUGGGGUGUCUCUUCUUUCCGCCGUCAUGGUGCUGUACUUAUGAGGAUAGAAAAGGUGGCAGCUUUUGUGUUUAGUGUGUUCUGACCCCCCUGGGUGUGUUGCCUGGUAACCGUAAUGCAUUUUGGGGGUGGGGACGUGUGAAGAGGGCGUCACUUUUAGGGUCAUGUGACUGAAGUUGACGUCCUCUCCUCGUUUUGCUUGCCUGUUGGCGUUGGUGCUCCUUCGAUAAAGCCCCCGCUCCUCUUCCCCUCUCUCUCCUGGCCCCCCAGGAUUGAGCCAGCCCCAGCAACCCACUGACCAAUCAGGUUGCUCAUUAAUGUUUACAUAAACAAAUGAAACAAAACAAUAUGCAAACUCCCCCUGCUGUUGCUAGGGGAGCCCAGUGUGAUUUGCUGGAUUUUCUAACCGAAAUUCAAAACUCUCAAAGCGGGUUGGCUGAUAAUUAAUGAUGUCGGAGGUGGGCGUUAAAGGAGCACCUAAGACCACAGGUGUUUCAUUUCAGGAUCCUUUAAGCUGUGAUGCUAGUACACCAACGCGGUAGAGUCAGGCGGUCCAAUCGCAUGGCUUUGCAGCUGAAAAUGCUACUGAGCUUUUUAACCGUUUUUCUCUUUAAAAAGGUGUGUCACUGCACAAGCACAUGUGCUACAGGGCUCUACAUUUAAACCAGAGCAGUUAUUUAACGUCUGCGGAAACAGUAUAUGUUAUUCUCUCAGAGCCAUAUUACUAGAGAACGAAAGCAAGACAAAAUCGGUCUCCACACCCAAAUUAAGUGCACUUCAGAAUAGGUGCCUCAGGUUCUAACUUCUAUUAGAAAAUGAUAAAAAUAACUGUGAACAGAUACCAUAUAGUUUUGAUUGAUGGUGAUUUUUGUAAUAACAGAAAAUAUCCUAAAAGAGCACAAAAAUCAAUGGCACCCAGAUCCGGAUCAUAAUUCUGCAAACAAAACCUCGGCAAAGUGCCUGUCGACCCAAACACUUGAAAAUCGACUACAUCUAUCUAUCAAUCGAUGUAAAGCCCUGUCUUUGUGUCUGUCGCCCUUAUGCUGAUCUCUCUCUCCCUGUCACUUCCUCUCUUUCUCGUUUGGGAGGCCCUUUUGAGCUCUCAAAUGAACUAUGUGUGGUUCUGUGGCUGAAAACCCUUUCCUCCUCCUCAUGUCUCUAACCUGUGUCCCGUCGCUCCGUUGUCAUGACAACCCCUCUCUCUCUUUUAGAUUGUCAGCGGCUUGCUCGCCCUGCAACGCCACUCUCCCUUUAAGUAGAGAGGGGAUUGUGGGGGGGGGGAAACCCUCUGAAUAUUGUCAGGUAACGUCCUUGCGCACGUGUGUUCUGGAACCCUGCCUGUGUGUGUGUGUGUGUGUGUGUGUAUAAUCUCAGCUCCGACACUGAGGUGAAAGACCCUUGUGUGUAUGUUGUUUUCUCCAAAUAUUGCAAAUAGAGGGUCGUUCAUUUCUGAGAUGCUGUGUGGAUGUGAGAGGACAACCAAUGUACUGUCUUUAUUAUCCUAAAAAAAGCUUUAACCCUUGCAAGCUAGCGCCAGGCAGAUUAAAAAACAAAUGUGGGGCUUGUGUUAGAUAAGUCCAUGUAAUGCAUACACAUUGUUAGCUUUAUGAUGCUAAAAGCAGGGUUGAUGCGAGGAAAUUCUUGAAGAUUAAUUCAAUUAUGCUUUUUCUACCAGUAACCUAUAUAAAAACUAUAUAUUCUUAAUAAUAUGAUCGUAAUCAGGUUCUAAUCUUCUAGGAUUCUCCUAGGCCACCUCUCUCGGAUAUAGAGAGGGAGAGCUUUGGUUCCUCAGAUCGAGGGACAUCCUCAACCCUGCUUGAGUUGAGUAUGUGCUGCGCUGCCCUACGAGGUCUUUAGACACGCCACACAGUAUGGAGACAAGGCUAUCGCUCACAUCAGAGAAAAACCUCCACGGAGGGAAAAAUCACUAUUCUGUUCUAGUUCCACUUAAGCGACAGUGAUAGAUUCACACUUUGUUUGUAUCAGUUUGCGCUGGGUGUAGAGAGUGGGAGAGGAGAGAGAAGUAAUACUGGUGUUUCAAAGCACCUGCGGAUGGAGAGAUGAGAAAGACGAGCUCUCUCAGCCGAUGCUGAUCAUGAUUUUGAUACUGUGUUGUUUGGGGAAAUGAGUUCCAGGGUUUUCUGAGGGAGAUGCUCUAAAAUGACAAAUGUUUUUAUAUGAGGUUUUUGUUUGACUACUUUGUCUCUAAAUGUGGGAUCUUACCAGUUGACAUUGAUUCAAAUUAGUUGACCCUCUAUCCCCCGUUCCCUUGUGUAGGCUCUAUAGAUUCACUGAAUAAUCUAUAUAUUUAAUAAUCCAGGAUGUGAUUGUGGCUAGAGAGACCCUCCCUAGUUCUCUUGGUCUAGUUUGAAAUCAAUGUCCGUUUAUCUGGUGUCAUCAAUAGAAUGCCACCAGAAUAAGCUCCUCCUACCUCUGUAUGCAGGCUCCGCCCACUUCACCUUUGAGUUCUCUCACACACUCUUCGUCUGACUCCUGAUUGGUUGAACGCCUGCAUGCUAAAAAACACGCCCAUUCUCAUUAACCUGCAUCCCAUUAAGGAAAGCCCCUCCAAUAACUGACCUGUUUCUGGGGUGUGAUUUAAACUCUUGGGGCUCGUCAUGUGUUUUGGAGGUGUCAAAGGUCAUAGUACUUGUGAGGUCAUCAGCUCCUUGCACUCACUGGUCUUCCUCAUGCAGUAGUGCUUUUAUAUCAGCUCCUCUGAAACAUAUUGACACAAUGUUGAUAUGACAGUCUGCUUCAGGACAACUAACCCAGUUUGCACCAACCGGUAGUUAGUAGCUACUGUAACUAACUGGGGCUUCGGCGUACAUCUUUUUACUCUUCCUUAUUUAGUGUUUUUGAUUGGAAUGGCAUUAUUUCUGACCAAGUUAACAUCUCUCUAAAUGUACCAAUAAUGCACAUUUGUAUGAUUUCUUUGUUUCUCCGUUUUGCAGUAAUUAAAUUCUGCCCGGAUGAGGAUCCUCCAACACAGGAUCCUCUCACAAUGCCGACGUCACAUUCAUUGUGCCGAAAACAGAUAGCCCUAUAGGCCAAGAGUAUGAAACCCACUUCAAGACUAAAAAGACCAAAUUAAAUUUCUGAUAUGAAAAUCACAUAUUCCUCCAGGUGGCCCUUUAAUUCGCUAUAUAGCAUGACCUCUAUGUCCUAUGUGUGGGAAUUUAAAGGUAUUUCACAUUUCCCAGCGCUGCUGCCGGAUGCCGAAGCUCACAAGUACAGUGAACUCUGCCCUCCUCGUGAAAUUAUGAUCAGAGUUUGUGAUUGGCUGAGUUAUCCCUCCAAUGAGAAGCCAGGGGAACCGGGCUCUUUUCUCAAUGUAAAUCAACCAACUGUUUUGUCUGGUUUUAUCUUUUUUGUUUUAGUUUCUUUGUUUUCUUUAACCUGUGCACUUUUAUUAUAGGAUUAUAUAACUUUAUAUUAUUAACCUAGGAAAGGUUUGUAGUGCUAUGGUUUGUGAGUUAUUUAGUCAAGUAUACACAUAUAUUAAUAGGAAUAUAUUUCCUCCUGUAUAUUGUCUCUUUGUACCAUCUACAGAGACCAUUUACUCUCCUAAAGUCACACCACAAACCAGAGUCAAUUUAUUGUUAUUGUGCGUCUGAGAAUUGAUCCAUCUGAAUAACCAUCCUGUCUCAUAAUAUUAUUUUAUUAUGCUGUUGGUUUGAUUUUAUGUAUGUUCUACUGCCAUGUUCUAAACAAAAUCCAGGGUGAGCUAAUUCUGGGGUUUUCAUGUAUUUAUUAUUCCUAGGAAUAGUUCAAAGAUAACGCGCAGAAACUUGACGACGCUCUGACUCAAAAAAUGGUAAGAAGUUCUU